AUGCGUGCAACUCCAGCACUCGCAUUUCUCGCGGCGUUCCUGGCUUCUUCGGCGGUCGAGGUUCUUGCUGCUCCCCAGGCUGGUCUUGGGUUUGCUGCUGUCGACCAUAACGGCGGCUACAAGCACGACGCGGCCAUUCAGAAGCGCAUUCGAAAGAGGCAGGCUGAGCCCGAGUGCGCCGCUGAGGCAAGCUACCCUGGCUCGGCCCAGAUGCCGGUCAACGCUGCUUCGAGCAAGCACCACAGCAGCGGCCACCAUGGUGCCAAGAGCCAUGUUGUCAAGCACCACAACGGUGGACACCACGGUGUCAAGCACAACAGUGGACACCACAGCGCUACCGGCAACAAGGCUCCUAAUGCGGUGCCGGUAGGAUCGGUCAUUGCUCCGCCUGGCUCGGGGCCUGAGGGAUACGGUCCUGCUCCUGGAUCCAAGCCUGAUGCGGGUCAGGGUAACCAGCCUUCCGGCCAGGGCAGCCAGUCUCGGCCAGGUGGAGCUGGUACGGGCUCUUCACCUGAAGGCUACGGCCCCGCUCCUGGCACCCAGCCCGAUGCGGGCGCGGGCAGCCAGCCGCCUCAAGGUGCCGCCGGGGCACCGGGCAAGGACGGCGGCGUUCACUGCAAGGGCGUUCUGGGCAGCACCACACUCGCUUCCAACGGCGCUAUCAAGCACGAGUGGUUCGACCCUGGCCUUGUGCACCACGGACCGGGCACGCAAUUCGGCGGCGCGACGGGAUUCUGGCAAGGCGGAGCAUGCAUGCUGGACUCUCUGCCUCACGCCAAUCUUCCGUCUGUCGCCAUGGAUCAGACGUUCUUUCAGGACGGUCUUGCGUGCGGUACCUGCGUCGAGAUCGCCUCGACGAGCGCGUCGCUCUUUAGCAAUGCUGCGCAGUGGAGUGUGGAAGAGCCCAAGCAUGGCGCCCUGCCCGCGGGUAAAAAGACGAUUGCGAUUGUCAGUGAUCUGUGUCCUGGCGUCAACCAAUGCUGGUCGGGACUGGAUAUGCAUUUGGACGCAUGGAACAGCGUCACGAACAAUGCGAACGGUAGCAAGCUGCCGAUCAACUGGCGCUUUGUCAACUGCAAGCAAGCUUUCGCGCAGUCAGGUAGCGGUGGAAACUCGCUUCAGGUGCACUGGCGAGAAGGUGCCAAUCCAGGCUUCUUCCAGGUCCAAAUUCGUGGAGCGCACGAGGCGGUGGUGAGGGUGGAGAUGAAGCUGCAGGGCGAGACGUGGAAGGUGGCGACGCAUGUGGACAACAACUGGUGGAAGUGGGACAGUGUCGCCCAAGAUGCGGGGACAAAGUCGGUCGUAUUCAGGAUGGUGGAUUGGCAGGGUCAGACCAUCACUACUGACGUGCCCACCAAGAUCGGUACGGAUGUGUUUGUGCAGGCCAACUUUGACCGUGUCGAGUCGUCCAACUAA